CAUUUUUGUGGUAAUCAGCUUUAUGCCACAAAUGCUGUUGAUUGAGCUUAACUUGUACUGAACCCAGAAUAUUCCUUUAAUAUGUAUAAUGUUACCGUUUUGUUUUAAAACAGUGUGUAUUUUAUUGUAAAUGGAAGUGUCUGACUAGCAUAUUUUAACAAUCGAGGGACGACUAUUUUCUGUGGUAAUCCACAUUAUACAACAAAUGCUGUUGAUUCAGCUUCACAUUUAUUUAUUUAUUUUUUGCUUUGACGUAACAAUCAGUAGGUGGCGCUAAAACACUUGAUCACUUUACCAUCUACAAUAAUACAGGAAGACGAAGAAGCGAUCAAUUCUCGUCACAUGGAAGUAUAUUAUAUAGAACACAGUUAUUACUGUACUACAUUGUGUUCAUCAUAAAACAAUAUAAAUAUUUUAACAUCGCUCUUCAACUUUCGUUUUGAAGAAAUGGCGACAGACGUAAAAAGGCCAAAGUCUUUUCGUGUGUGGUUUCAGAUAGAUGAUGAGUGCUGUGUGUUUGACCCACUGAAGAACUUCUUGUGCUGGUGUGAUUGUGUGAACCUGAAUCUGAGUGAUAAGGUGUACCUAAGUAAAGAGGGCACAGUUGCAGUUUAUGGCAUGCUUGCCAAAGAGGACAUUGAAGAGGGACACGUCGUGUUCUCCAUACCUAGAGAUACACUUCUGCAUCAGGGCACCACUAAGAUCAAAAAGGUGCUUGAAGAUGGGAAGAAGUCUUUGGAGAGUGCAUCAGGAUGGGUUCCUCUUCUUCUGGCUCUUCUGUAUGAGUACACAUGUCCACAGUCUUACUGGAAACCAUACUUGUCCCUCUGGCCAGACUUUAAGAUGCUGGAUCAUCCCAUGUUUUGGUCUGAGGAUGAGCGAGAUAAACUCCUUAAAGGCACUGGAAUUCCUGAGGCUGUCGACACUGAUCUGAAAAAACUCCAGGCGGAAUAUAAUAACAUCGUCCUUCCAUUCAUAAAGUCUCAUCCUGACCUGUGGGACCCUGAGAAGCACAACUUGGAGCUCUACAAAAGUCUGGUAGCAUUUGUCAUGGCCUACAGUUUUCAGGAGCCUGUUGAGGAUGAGGAUGAAGAGGAAGAAAAAGAGCCCAACCCUCCAAUGAUGGUGCCAAUGGCUGACAUGCUGAAUCACGUCUCCAAGCACAAUGCCAAUCUAGAAUAUACACCUGAGUGUCUGAAGAUGGUGGCCGUACGGUGUAUUGAAAAGGGGGAGGAGGUCUUUAACACGUACGGGCAGUUGGCAAACUGGCAGCUCCUGCACAUGUACGGCUUUGCAGAGCCGUUUCCAACCAACAGCAAUGACACCGCAGAUAUCCAGAUGUCCAGUGUGUACAAAGCUGCAAUGCAAGAGACACAAAGGGAGGCAGAUCAGCGGCUCAUAAAGGACAAGUGGAACAUGUUGUGUGAAAUGGAGAUUGUGGGAGAAAAAGGGGUCUUCAUCUUCGGCCAAUCAGGCGCCCUCACUUACAAUGAGCUCCAUACAACACUCAAGGUCCUGUGCAUGUCGGUGCAAGAAUUCGAGGAGUUCUGUGAAAACGAAGGUUGGGAGGAAGAUGAAGAGGACGAGGAUGAUAAAAUGGAGCAGGCUUUGAGUUUUGACAGGCUGACGGCAUUGUCACCUGAGUGGAAACGUCUAUUGCAUGCAGCGGCAGGCUUCACACUAGACUCUUAUUCCGAGGAUGUAGACACAGACAGGAGACUGUUAGAGGAUCAAGGAGCUCUGGCUAAACUCAGCAGCAGGGAGAGGAGAGCUCUGCAUGUGUGUUACGGUCAGAAGAAUAUCCUUCAACGCUUGCAGCAGCUCACCAAACCCACAUCUUAAUGCAGUUCUGACACUGUAUUCAGGGAAACACUUGAGAGGCCCCUCAGGCUAUAAAGUGUACUUGAAUUUGCAAACUCUGCAUACGUUGUAGGCAAGAUUCUCAUUCUGUAUGCUGUACACAUUUAUGUUUCUGAAAAAGAUAAAUUUUGAAUUUAGUUUCAGAAUGUGUUCCAAAAUAUGCCUUGGUUCAUAUCUAAAAUGUGCGGUUCAUUUAUCUGCAAAGUAUUGCAUCUUGUGUGAAAUCCUGACAGGUUAGAGGGGUGAAUAAUCACCAGUUUUGUGUAUGUGGAGUGAAAUUGAGAAUAAAGCCAAAAUGACCAGAAAAAAACAUCGUUAUGUAAGUACAGUUGAAGUCAGAUGUUUACAUACACCUUAGCCAAAUACAUUUAAACUCAGUUUUUCACAAUUCCUGACAUUUAUUUGUAGAAAACAUUCCCUGUCUUAGGUCAGUUAGGAUCACUACUUUAUUUUAAGAAUGUGAAAUGUCAGUGUAACGAGGUUCUUCAGAUGGGUAAGGAGGAGGUGGGAACCGGCUGAGCAGUCAACGUAAACUUUUAAUAAACAAAAGAACAAAACACAACAUAAAACUGCUUUCCAGCAGAACACAAAACACACACACACACACACACACACACGGCUUCGUGCAUCUCUCUCUCUCUCUCUCUUAAAUGGGCAUCUCCAGCUCAUCCUUAUGCCCCUCCCGGCUGAUUAGGAUGAUUCAGCACUGGGCCACCACCCGAUUCAGGCCGUGGAAACCUCUGGUUUGACGUUCUCCCCUCUCUUCCUGGAGGGGAGGUGUUGCCCUUCCAGCCGUCCUUCUGCUGGCAGGUUUUCCCCACCUCUUUGGACCCUGGAAGGGAGGGAGAGGGAAAGAGUGAGGGGGGGAGAGAGAGAGAGAAAAAGUGGCUCGCCGGUCCCCGGACAUGCUGUCGCCUGGUCCUCAGCCACUCCUCCGCCCCCUGGUGGACGACAGCCGCUCCUCCCCUGGUGGACUGCUGUGAGUCCUUCAUCCCCUGGCAGACAGCAACGGCUCCUCCGCUUCCUGGCGGAUGGCAGCAGCGGCUCCUCCACUUCCCGCCGGUUGGCAGUGGCGAGGACUCCACGACAGCGAAUCCCUCCUCCUUCCCGGGUUUCCGCACCAGUGUAACAAGGUUUUUCAGAUGGGCAAGGAGGAUGCGGGAGCCGGCUGAGCAGUCAACAUAAACUUUUAAUAAACAAAAAAACUAAACAUAAAACUGCUUUCCAGCAGAACACAAAACACACACACAGCUUUGUGUGUGUCUCUCUCUUGAACUGGCGUCUCCAGCUCAUCCUUAUCCCCCUCCUGGCUGAUUAGGACAAUUCAGCGCCCUCCUCGUCACAGUCAGAAUAAUAGUUUUAUUAUUUUAUUUCUUUCAUCACAUUCCCAGUGGGUCAGAAGUUUACAUACACUUUGUUAGUAUUUGGUAGCAUUGCAUUUAAAUUGUUUAACUUGGGUCAAACGUUUUGGGUAGCCUUCCAAAAGCUUCUCACAGUAAGUUGCUGGAAUUUUGGCCCAUUCCUCCAGACAGAACUGGUGUAACUGAAUCAGGUUUGUAGGCCUCCUUGCUCGCACAUGCUUUUUCAGUUCUGCCCACAAAUUUUCUAUCGGAUUGAGGUCAGGGCUUUGUGAUGGUCACUCCAAUACCUUGACUUUGUUGUCCUUAAGCCAUUUUGCUUUUGAGGUAUGCUUGGGGUCAUUGUCCAUUUGGAAGACCUAUUUGCGACCGAGCUUUAACUUCCUGUCAGAUGUCUUGAGAUGUUGCUUCAAUAUAUCCACAUAAUUUUCCUUCCUCAUGAUGCCAGAAAAGCACCCCCACAACAUGAUGCUGCCAUCCCUAUGUUUCACGGUUGGGAGUUUUUCGGCUUGCAAGCCUCACCCUUUUUCCUCCAAACAUAACGAUGGUCAUUAUGGCCAAACAGUUCCAUUUUUGUUUCAUCAGACCAGAGGACAUUAUGUUAAAUUUUAGUACAUGAUACAUUACAACAAACAUUUAAAAAAUCACCAUAAGUAUAUUUAAUUUAUACCUUGUCUUAAAAGAACUGGCAAGAAAUUGGUUAGUCAUCAUUUAUUUUAAAUAAAAAUUUACAUGUUCAGUUUUUAAGUUAAUAAGACACAAUUUUACAGGUAUUAAUCUGUGCUCCUUGAAACAACCACACCGUCUUUUUCCAGAGCAGCCUGUAUUUCUCCUGAGGUUACCUGUGGAUUUUUCUUUGUAUCCCGAACAAUUCUUCUGGCAGUUGUGGCUGAAAUCUUUCUUGGUCUACCUGACCUCGGCUUGGUAUCAAGAGAUCCCCGAUUUUUCCACUUCUUAAUAAGUGAUUGAACAGUACUGACUGGCAGUUCUUUUCUGCUCCCCAUGGCUCAGUAUCUAGCCUGCUCAGUGCAUCCACAUGAGCGCUAACAAACUCAUUGACUAUUUAUACACAGACACUAAUUGCAAUUUAUAAAUCCGCAGGUGUGGGAAAUUAACCUUUAAUUGCCAUUUAAACUUGUGUGUGUCACCUUGUGUGUCUGUAACAAGGCCAAACAUUCAAGGGUAUGUAAACUUUUGAUCAGGGCCAUUUGGGUGAUUUCUGUUACCAUUAUGAUUUAAAAAGGAGCCAAACAUCUAUGUGAUAAUAAAUGGCUUCAUAUGAUCACUAUCAUUAAAUAAAAGACAGGGUAUGCAAACUUUUGAGCACAACUGUACGUCCAGGAGUUUGUCUUCUCAAAAUGAAAAUAAAGUAGAAUAACUGACAAACAUGGAAGUUGUUUGUAACCUUGUCGAGGCACCGAACUGUAUUAACUAUUACAGAAUUUAAUUACAGAAAUAAUGAUGGCUUUAGUAAGAUGGAGUUUCAAAUGUAUUAAUUCUCAAAUUUAUAGAGAUUAAUGAAAGUGACGCAAAAAAAUAAAAUGCAUGUAACAUGAAUGCACGCGAUGUGCAUCAUAAGGGGAUCUCACGUAUUAGUAAUUUUCCACCUGUUGGAGACGGAUACUUGCGUGAUGGCAAAAAGAAGGGUGCUUAUAUUUGAUUUUUUUUUUUUUUUGACCACUUCAUUAUUCUUAUAGCUUUUUUCGUUUCGUUUGAAGUGUAAUUUUAAUUUAGAAAUAUCUUUGGUUGAAGUUUUUGGUGUUUCAAUACAUACAUUUAAUUUGUAAAACACAACCAAUAAAGCAAGUAUAUUCACUGAUCCGGGGGUUGACGAUGUAAUCGAAUAUGCCGAUGUUUUUUUCGAAAAGAAAUUAUGAAUAUAUUUCUUUCAUAUCGCCCAGCACUACAGUGCACUUGUAGCCUUACUGCCAUUAUGCAGCAUGCGAACAGUGACUGCCAUGUAAACAGACUAGGGCCUCGUUUCCCAAAUGCAUCAUAACUUAAGUAGCACUUGAAAAUGCUCGUAGAUUAACAAGUGCUCUGGAGUUAAUCGUACAGCGUUAAGAACAUCGUAAGGACACAGACUUAUGCAGACACCUGUAAGACAUAUGCGAAAUUACACCUGAUACAACUGAAACCCUAUAGCUACACAUUAUGCUCAUUUAAUAUCAGUAUACAUACGUUUUAUUUUAUUUAUUUAUUUUUUAACCGAAAAGGCUAAUAAUAAUAAUAAUAAAUGCAUAAAAUGUUUAAUCAAUAUUGGAUGAACAGAUAAAUUAAUAAGUAAACAAAUAAAGUUAUUUGUGGACUAGUUGGUAACAACCAAGUGGGGGAUGAUUGUUGCAGAGAACUAUAAAAAUUACAAUCAGAGAGAGAACAAAAAAAAUCAGUAACUUCCUCAUCCUCGUCUCCUCUUCCUCUCUGACAUCUGAGGGCUCUCUCUCUCUCUCGCUCUCUCUCUCGCCCGCGCCACGCGCUGUGUAGUACUGUCGGUUGCCUACUAAAGCUAAGCAGGGUUGAGCCUGGUCAGUACAUGGAUGGGAGACCUCCUGGGGAAAUAUAAGGUUGCUGCUGGAAGAGGAAUUAGGGAGGCCAGCAGAGGGUGCUCACCCUGUGCUCUGUGUGGGUCCUAAUGCCCCAGUAUAGUGACACUAUAAACUAUACUGUAAAAAAGCACCGUCUUUUGGAUGAGACCUUAAACUGAGGUCCUGACUCUCUGUGGCCAUUAACAAUCCCAGGGCACUUCUCCUAAAGAGUAGGCAGGGGCAGGUUUACGAUUUCUGAGGCCCCAAGCAACCGUCCAAGCCAUGGGCCCCAUUUCCAAAAAAUUUGCUUAAAAAAUUACAUAAAAUGUAUUUUAAUUCAUAAUUUUAAAUUCAUCCUAUCAACCAUUGUAGCCAAGUACAUUCAAAAUGUUUAAUGAAAUAAAAAUCUUGUUAAAGUUAAUUAAUGCAUGUUUUCCAGUUUCACCACAAUACAGUGAUAAAAGAAAAAAAGAAAAGAAAAACAAUAUUUACCUACAUAUAGUUUUUACAAAACAAAUUUAUUUUUUUGUGAGCAAAACCUACUACACCCAGUAACAUUUUGGAAUUCAGUUAUUUAUUAAUAUUAUAUCCCAACAAUUAUUUAUUGUUGUCCAGUUUGUCAUUAUAAUAUGAUACGGUAUUAUUAUUACUUUGAGGAUUUGUUGUAUACAAUAGUAAUAUAUUCCUGCCUUAUUUACUUUCACCUGGAGUUUAUAUUCUGAUGCUGAGGCUGUAUUUUAUGUAAGCACUGUAGGCAACAUUCGUGACUAACAAUAAACAUACAAGGCACGGCGGCCCCUCAGCACACUAGAGCAGUAGGGAAAAAACAUUGCCGUUUAUCAAGCACUGAAACUUCGCUUGUUGCAGAACAAUCUGGAAUAAUGUUAAACAUUGGAACAGUCCCCUCUUUGCAACCUGAACUUGUUCAGAACGUUAAAUCUUUGUGACACAUGCAUUUUUGAAACCUGAAGCUCUUAUUAACUUGACACAGUGUCUAAAAAUGUGCCAAUCCUCCGUGAGACACUGAAGAAACAGCGAGACGCGGUGCAGCAUGUAUGGACGUUCAUCCAGCGCGUUUACACAGGAAAACAAUGGAAAAACAGAGCAGACGCAGGCAAAAACACGUUCGGUGUGAACGGCCCCUAACUCAUCCGUUCGCACGUAUCUGUGAGUGAGAGCGCGUGCGCGAAACAAGUUCGGACGGUCUAUAUAUAUAAGAUAUAUAUAAGAUAUAUAUAUAAAUAUUUAUUUUUAUUUUUCUUCAUAAAUUACAAACCCGAACCCUACUUAAAAAAAACUCACCUGUCCCGAACCACUCUAAGAGCGCUGACAACAGCGUAUUUGCGCAUGAACCCAGAACAUCAUGUCACCCCUCAAGCAUUUUUUUGGAGCUUUCUUACCGGGGGGGGGGGUUCCCGACGUCCGGAGCCCCACGCAAUUGCGUGGUGAUUAAAACCGCUACUGAGAGUAGGGGUAUAACCCCAGUGUCCCUUAUCUAUCACGGCCUCCUAAUAAUCUCCAUCCCUGGAUUGGCUACAUCACUCUACUCUCUCCUCCCCACAAAUAGCUGGUGUGUGGUGAGUGUACUGGCGCACUAUGGCUGCCCUUGCAUCAUCCAGAUGCGAGGGCAGGUGGUGGUUGAGGAGAGUCCCCCAAUACUAUGUAAAGUGCUUUGAGUGCCUAGAAAAGCACUAUAUAAAUGUAAGGAAUUAUGUUGUGUAGCAUUGCUGUUACCAAAAUAUUAAAAUGCACAUCUGAUGAGCGAAGCAGUGAUUGUGUAAAAGAAAUAUUCUGCUCAAAACAAUUGCAAAACAAAAUGCAAUUAUGUGGUGAGCUGUACAUUUCCAGCAAGAUAAAUUACAAACAUGUUUAAAGUUACGCAACAAAUAUAAUGAAGUUGCAAUCACCAGCAGCACUAUAUGGUCACAUUUCAGCACUUCACGUUUAUGUGACAGCGACUCUCUUAAGUAGCACUUAAAGCACGUCCUUGCACGUUCAUGUUAAGUGCAGUUUUGGGAAACGCACGUAAAAAAAUAACGAACGUUCGUAAAAAAAGCGCUCGUAGAAAAAGCUCUUAACCGCUAAGAUCAAUGGUUAUUGGGAAACGAAGCCUAGGACUAUUUGAAUCAUCCAUUGGAGGGAGGAAGAAGAGGAGGAAGAGAGAGAAUGAAUCGCUCAUUGCACAUUCUCAUCCUAAUCUCCUUUGUUAACCAUAUUUUAAUUAUUUAUUUUGGCCCAUUUAAGUUUUAAACUGCAGGGUCACAUUACUCACAUAUGUCUUCUAAGCAAAUCUGUUCAGUAAGAACAUAUCUUUCUGUUACCAUUACAAUUAUGCUCAUCAAAGAAGGUCAAUAAAACAAUACUAUAUUAUGUGUCAUGUACAUUUAGAUCUCUCUUUAGACCUAAUUUACACUUAUUGAUUUCAAUGUGAUUUUUUCCAACACUUUUUAUCAUCUGAAACAGUGUACAAUGGCUUUCAAGUCAUCAAAAUAUAUUAAUAUAAUUUAUUAAAUGUCCCUUUACCUGAUAAACUGCGAAAGAUGCGAGAACAAUAAGUGUAGUAAUUUAUGGACUUAAGAGCGGAUCAUAGCUCUAGAUAAUUUACGUGCUACUUAGAUAACCAUGCUUUUGGGAAACGUGCUGUAGUAAGUACAAUUUCAGUGCUUCUAACAUUCAACUUAGAGCUUCGGGAAACCCAGCCCAAGCAUCACCCACACCGAGCGGGACUGGGCGAACGUCUGUCUGGUUCUUUCUCCAGAAUAAAUUCAAUUCAUAACCACUGUAGUGUCCAGAUCCCAAUAACAACAACUUCGUGCUGAUGUGCCAAAACAUGACAAAGGAUUUCUUUGUUACUAAAUCCUAAACUAAAGUAUGAUUUAAUGAAAUCAUCUACAUCCAUUUCUUGCAUUGAUGAAGCUGCUGGCUCGGCAUUCUAUCGCUGUGAUGAUGACGUGCCGUUUCUAGUCAUUUUGACUUUAUUCUCAAAAUAUUACCACUUUAAUCUCAUGACAGCUGCUCUGUUUUUUGGAGAAGAAAGUUUCUUAGCAUUAUGUUGACGCUGUUAUUAUGAGAACUAAUGUACCAGAUGUGGACUACACUGUCUGAACAAACAGAUCCAGUUUCAUCAUGUACAAAAUGAUGGUCCUAAAGACUGGAUUUGAACAUGUCUUAGUUGGGUGAUGUGAAUAAAGCCUAAUAAUUCUGGUUAAUGUCUCACCCCUCCCUUUUUACAUAGUUAAAUUACAUGACCCAAUUUCACUGCAUUUUAAAUGAAAGAUUUCAACAUACCAAUAAAUAAAUGACUGUAGGCCAAGAUGCAGUUCAAGUGUUUAAUGCAGUAACUACAGAAUGCAUACAUACAGGAAAUAAGUAGCGGGAACUAAAGGCAACUAUAAAGUACUACAAAAUACAACACACGGACCAAUACAUUUACAAAACAUUCAAAAUCCUUACAAAAUGAGCUGUAUUGGUCCUGUUAUGUUCUGCAAGUUGAAUCUCUUUGUACAAACUCCAAAGAUUCAAUUUACCAACAAAUUUCUGAAUAUUUCCACAAUUGUACAAGUGCCAGGGAGAACCCCCAACCCAAUAUCAGUUUCCUAACAGGUGCAAACUAGUGACCCCCCCCCUGCAGUCCAGGACAUCUGUCUGAUCCUAUCAGCUCACCACACUGAUAGCUCUCCCCUGAAAAACCAAACGUCAGAAAAUAACAAUAAUAAAACAAGACAGCUUCCUUAGCCACUACCAAGCUUCCAAACAAAAGUCAAUCAGUCUUGAAGUCAAAAAUAAAUUUAUGGAGAGUUGGGGAGGGGGGGUGAGAAGCCAAACAGCCAGGAGUGAAAUGUGCUAAAGCAUGUCUCACCUUUGACAAAAUUACACAAAUUCUGCUCUUGAAUGUCCCUUUAAAUAUUUACAUUUUAUCUUGUCCAGGGGGUGAAAAAAAAACAAAACAAAAAAAAAACCCUCGGAUCAGAAGUCAUCCGGUGCAAGGCAGACAGUGGUCCAGUGCCAGCUGUGUUGAUCACAUGUGCAGGGUGUUGGUUAGGGGUGAGGGAGGACUCUCUCUCUGAGCACAGAAGCGGUUCCUGCAGCCUAACUGGCACCCGUUCCCUCCAUCACCUGCUGGGCCUGCUUCUGCCCCAUGCAGCACUGUGCCACUGACUGGAACAACCUGAGAGAAGUGACAAAGAGACAUUGCAGUCACUGACGGUUUUUUUUUUGUUUAAGUUGUAAGUGUGUGGAAAGAUGUGCUUGUUAUUUGUUCCGUUUCAAAACCUAGUGAGCAGCCUACAUAGGAUUUGCAAGGCAUCAUUAGCGCUAUCCCCACACAAAAGCCAUUUCCAAAAUUGUUAUGCUGCCUCUUAAGAUACCUUGUUUUGACCAAAUUCUAAGGCAGCUUCGCGUGUAUUUUUCACACUGCGAGUCAAAUCUCCCAUAUUGAGCACUAUUUCUAUGGUGCAGAGCUGCUGCCUAUGUACAGCAUUUCAAAAUCAGUCACUUGUGUGGUACCAUCUCUGUUAGGAUGCUGCCUUACAAGGAAUAUUCUGGGUUCAACACAAGUUGAGCUCAAUUAACAAUUUGUGGCAUAAUGUUGAUUACCACAAAUUUAUUUCGACUUGCUCCUCCUUUUCAUUAAAAAAAAAAAAAAAAAAAAAAGGAAUAA